AUGAGAGAAGAAGAAGGAGUUGAAUACGUUAAGAAAAUCGUUAAUGAAUGGUCAAAGGUCUAUAUUAACCAAGUUUUCUUCAUCAAUAAGUUCUCCAACAUCUACAACUAUGAAGUUGAAUUCAGCAAACCACAUUCAAUUAAGCCCAUUCCUGAGGGAACAGUUAAAGUUUUCUUUUCGUUAAUUGAGAAAGCUAAUGGCGAUUGCAUAGUAGAAUUUAACUUUGAGAAUGAAUCUCUUAAGCACAAACUUGAUAAUACUAUGAGAACUAACAUGUUUGAGUAAUGGAUUGACAGAGUCUUAGAAAACAAAUUGAAAAUUAAGAUGUAGUUACAUUUAGGUACUGAAUUCGAAUAUACUAGAACUGUCGAUGAAAAAGGGAAAACCGUCGAUCCAUUUGUACCAAAGUUCGAUAUUAUGAAGGUCAAAGAUCUUUCCAAAGAAAUGAGGAAGUCACAAAAGAUUAAUGUUGAGUCUCCAAGAUUCGUCAAUACACUCAAGAGAGCUCUUUUUGAAAUGUUUGAGCUAGCUGAUAAGGAUAAAUCUGGAUAACUCUCAUAUCAAGAGUUUUAUGAUGCUUUUAAGACUCUUUCUUACGGACUUAGUGAAAAUGACAUCAAGACUCUUGUUGCUUUAGCUGAUGAGAAUGAUGACGGUCUUAUAGAUUGGGAGGAAUUCAUCCCUAUUGGUAUCGAGUCCAUUUAGACAUUCUUUGCUAGAAACAAGACUCUUCAAAGAGCUAAAGCCUAUGAGAGAGAGUUGAAUAAAGAGGCUAUGCUACUUGUCUACCAAGAUGAAAUCAAGAAAGCUAACGAAAUUCUUCAGAAGAAGUUUGUUAAGAUUGAUGAGUAAAAGACAGGACAUAUUCCUAUUAUAGAACUUAAGAAAUCAAUGUUCCACUGUAACUUAAUUACUCCUAAGGAAAUAAAUAUCAUAAUGAGAAGUCUAAAGGAUGAAACUUUUGAGUACAAAUUGUUCCAACAAACUUUAUUUGAUGUAAGAUUUGAGCUUGCAAAGAGCAGAAUAAUGGAUACAAACAUUGACAAGUUAUAAGAACACUUGAACAUCGUCUUCUCGAGAUAUGACCCUGAGCAGACUGGUCAAAUUAACAUCCUGCAGAUUCAAGAGGCGUUACUUAAGUCUAAGAAAGUGAAUUUAACUCCAUUCUAAAUUCAUUCUUUAAUCGGUUUAUCUUGCCCAGAUGCUCACGGCAUGGUUGUCUACAAAGAGUUCGCUCCCAAGUGCAGAGAUAUGAUCAAUGAGCUUUUCACAGUCAAGAGUUUAAGUGAUAAGUCUACCCUCAUGCAAACAGGAGCAUUCAAGCCAUAAGAGAAUCUUGAUGAAAUUAAUCUAAGUGGUUUAGAUCUAUUCAAGAAAUACGAUAGAAACCAAAAUGGAUUUUUAGAGAUUCACGAAUACAUUCAAUGCCUGAAGGAUAGUGAUGUCAAGUUAACUGAGCCUGAGAUUAUCACACUCGGGUUAAGCGCUGAUAUCAAUGGAGACGGAAGAAUUGACUACGAAGAGUUUAUGAAGCAUUUCUAAGAUUGUCUCAAACUAAUCAGACUUCAAAGUACUCUUUAAGAUGCCUACAACUUAUACAACAAGCAAUCAGCUUAGAUAGGAUCAAAGAGACCAGGAGCAGGUAUUCAACCAGCAGGAGGCAAGCUUCUCUGA